UUAGAAGGUGGCUAUAUUCGAUAGUCCCUAAGGUAUCGAAGAAACCAUGGAUGUGGGUCGGGACUUCAUUCAUGUGAUAUCUCGGCUCAUGUCCAAUCACUACACUGGGCUCGCAAAAAGCGGUAUCUGCGCCUGUGGUAACGGUUAUCACGAUAUCGAACAUAUUGUCUGGGCAUGCGCCGAGUACUGUUCUGCCAGAUCUCAACUAUUGGAUCCCCUUUGGGCUCGAGGAAGAUCACUCAAUAUCCCGGUUCGAGAUAUACUGGCAAGCCGCGAUCUGCUCUAUAUGUCGCUCAUCAUUCUAAGAAGUGCCCUCUUCUGCCUACCGUACUGCAACGAUGGUUUGAUGGGACUCCAAGACAACACAAAAUAUCUCUGUCGAAUGACCCAACAAACACGAGACCUACAGCACAACAUCACACGCGCAAUGCGCUGUGUUGCCGAUCUGCAUCUGAGCCGUACUACGAAAUCGUCUGGAGAAACCCCUACCGGCUCGAGGAAGACCGCCCGGCGUCCCCAUAUGGGAACUGUGGGUAAGACGGACAGGUGGGGUAGGACGGACACAUGGUUAUUUUAGGGAUAUAACAUUAAAACUUCAAUUGUAUUGUAUGUGUACUCUAUCAUUAUGGGUAACCUUGAAUUAUGAAACACUUAGUAGGCCUUGAAUACUGCUAAACGAAUACAAUUUAAGCAAAUAUUGAUAAUCGGUAGUGCUGUUUUGUGCGGAUGUAAUUUAAAAGUUUCCGAUUUUAAGGUUUAUCGAUGAAAAAAUCAAUUCUUUCGCGGAGUUUUUUCUUUGUUUCGAUAGAGUAACUUUUAAGUGACAUCUUCGUGGAAAAUAACAGGUAAGUUUAUUUAUGCGUGAAUAGGUACAAACGUUUAAAAAAUAUGUAUACUGGUGGGGCAAGACGGAGUCUUGAUUAAUUCUAUUGAUUCAUCCUUAUAUGAAUGUCUCGCCCGUAGAAACGAAAUACUAGAAGUCAAACGUGGAGAACCAUCCAGUUAGCUGAAGUCUCACAUGCAGUAGGCUGCAGGAUGUACGUUAAUGUGACCGAGGUUCAAUACGGGAUUCCUAGAAGUCUCAUACUCUAGCUGUGUGAUCGAGGAACUGAUGUUACCAAUUACGCAUUUAAUAUAUAACCUUCCAGUUUUGUAUAAUUGAUUGUGACUUAUCAAAUGAUCCAAUGUUGGAACUGAUUGUGUUGCUCUCUUUAUGACAACCGCAAAAACGAUAUUAGAAAAUACAUCAUUUGCUUCAACUCUAAAUCGAACCCCAAAACGUCGUUUUUCACCUCGAAUUGAACAUAUAUAUUAAGAAGAACCACAAUCUAUUCAAAACAU